GGUUCAAAGCGUGCAUCACUGCAAUACGUACGUUAGCAAAAGUUUCUGUUUCAGUUAUGGUUCAACUUUCGUGAGGUGGAAGUGUGAUUCUCCGCUGGGUUAGUUGUGUGCGCACGCGAUCGCCAGGACGAAAAAGCACGUGAACAAUUAACUAAGGGGGACUUGCUAAUUGAAUUAGUGUCGUUUUGGUUAAAAAUGAAAGUCGUCAAUUUAUGGAUCUGUUUCUGAAAAUUAUUAUUUAGACUCGAAGAAUCUGGAUCGACCACUUCACAGCAGGCUGCAAUGUGCAAUUUCUGCAGCCCCUCAAAAUACAUUCCAACAGAACGCUUCAACGUUUCUGUCAAGAAAACACCAUCAGGAAACGUCUACAAAUGGCGUCACUUCACGUUUAAUAAGAAAACACACACCUCAAAACUCUGUGAUUCUAGCGAAACGAUACGGCUUAGGUUCAAGCAACGAAGAACUUCUUCAAGAUCCAGACUACAUUCACGAUCACUAUAGUCCAAAGAUAAUAAAAAAAACUUUAAGAAAAACGAAGUCAGAGGACUGUUCACAUGCACCUAAGUUGAAAGAAAAUAAUAAAAAAAUAUUAUUUAAUGAUGUAUUCAGAAAAAUUAAUAAUAAAAUCAAGACAACAGCUGUGAAGGCGAAAGAAAUAAAACUGAACAGUAAUAAUAAAGUUUCUGUAUCUCGAGAUAGCUUAUCACAAUGUUAUCAUGUAGCUGAUAACUCGAAACAAAUCGUAUACAUAAACACGAAUCAAUCCAAUGAAUUAAUAUUAAGACGACUCGGAGAUGUAGUAGAGAAGCAGAAAUAUUCUCGAGAAAAUCAAACCAAAGAAUUUACCAAAGAAGAGUUAACAUUAAGCGAUAGUAGUCGGGUCAAAACGAAAUAUUCGCCACCUCCCGAGGAUUGUGCACACACGAAUUUAGUUGACAAUUUCACAAUACACCGUGUGUCGUCAACAAAAACUGAUACUGCUGAACUUGCUUCGGAUACCUCGGACAUUUCGUCGCGUAAUAGUGUUGAAACUGUUUCGGACAAUCGGACGAGUAUUCCUACUAAAAACAUAAUGUCGCGCACUUUUAAAAGUGCCAUCGGAAAAAUGUUGCGUUCGGGGUUGAAAUGGAAAGAACGCAUCAUUAUCGGAUUGUGUAUAAUUGUAGUGUUGUUUACGUUGUUGUUAGUGGUGGACAUUCAAAUGGACUUCGGGAUAUCCGGAAACCAAUUAGUGGCGUCUCACGGUAGGGUGAAAUACGUUGUAGAUGAGGGACCCGAGAGUGUUUAUAAUAGGUUUAGGAAUAGGCUGUUACAAAAAACACAUAGUGCGGCCAUGACCGGCGCAAAUUUUUCCAAAGAAACUCUUCCGAACGAUAUAUCUGUCCUUAAUGGACGCAUCAAAGAUAUCGCUACUGCUUCCAAUGACGCUUUUCUACCAGAUGACAAGCAAAAAGACGGUAGAAAACUUCCCGUCCAGCAUCGUCACGAUGAUUUUAGCGACAUUGUCGAUUACAUCAUGUUGGACGAAUAUGACAGGCAAAACUUCCGAAACGAGAUAGAUAGAAUACACGCGGUCGUUUCCAAGCAGAAAAAUAAAUCGACAAAGAAAAGGAGGACCAUCGGAGAGAUGAAACGACUAUAUAUAGAGAAAAAUUCAACAACAUUAGAAAAAUUCCAUGCUCAAAUAUCGGAAGACGAAUUAUAUUCUGAGGAUAGUCCUUAUGUAGAUAAACUUCUUCGCGAAAUGGCUAGUGAAACCAUAACACAUGUUGCCUUGACUGAAUCCAGAUUCCAAACUUUUUUGAGGGAUAUAUUUGAUGCUCAAAAGACGGGCGGAACACAACUUAAGCUUGUCAUAGACUUCGCUAAUAACAUGCAAGCACUUUUUAAACCAAUGAGAUUUCCACGAGAACAACAGACUCUUCCUAAUCACUUCUAUUUUACGGAUUACGAAAGACACAAUGCCGAGAUUGCUGCAUUCCAUUUAGAUAGACUAUUGGGCUUUCAUCGCGCAAUGCCUGUAACCGGCAGAUUAGUGAAUAUGACCUCAGAACUUUACCAAAAAUGUGAAGGGGAUCUACUGAAUACAUUCUUCGUAUCACCUAGCGAUAAUCUCUGUUUUCAUGGGAAAUGCUCCUAUUAUUGCGAUACGUCGCACGCUAUUUGUGGUAAUCCCGAUAUGCUGGAAGGAAGUUUUGCUGCAUUUUUGCCAUCGCCAAAGCUGGCUCCAACGAGGGUCUGGAGGCAUCCAUGGAGAAGGUCGUAUCAUAAACGACGUAAAGCUCAGUGGGAAACUGAUCCGAACUAUUGUCAACUUGUGAGAGAAAUUCCACCCUACGAUAAAGGUAGACGACUAUUCGACUUAAUGGACAUGUCAAUUUUUGAUUUUCUCAUGGGAAAUAUGGAUAGACAUCACUACGAAACGUUCAAAAUGUUUGGAAAUGAAACGUUCACACUACAUUUGGAUCACGGUCGAGGCUUCGGCAAACCCUACUACGAUGAUCUUACCAUUUUAGCACCUUUACUCCAGUGUUGUCUCAUACGUCAAUCCACUUUGGAGACAUUAAUUAGAUUCCACAACGGACCUAUAAAAUUGAGUGCGGCGAUGCGGAUAAGCAUGAGCUCAGAUCCUAUCAGUCCAAUACUGUGGGAGCCCCAUUUGGAGGCACUUGACCGUCGAGUAGAAUUGAUCCUUAAAGGUAUAAGAGACUGUUUACAAAAGGGUGAAAACCCAGUGUCUGAACAUGAAACGUAGAAUUUAAUAUUAUUUCCAAGACUUUACAACUUAUUUCAAAAUUAAGUUUUAUGAUAAAUGGUCACAGGUUCAUAGAAACACGAAAAUAAUUACUAUAAACAAGGUUUUAUUUGCUUGACAAAACAAUUUCCAGAUUAAAAUGGGUAUGAUUUAUAUUUAUCGUUAUUUUACUACGGGAAAAUUAAAAUUAAUCGUACCCUAUGAUGUCCAAUUAGAUAUCAUUAGUUUCCAGCAGAUCAUUUUACUCAUAAUUUUUGUUUAAAAAUAUCAGUAUAUGAACGUUAUUUUUGGUUAAUUCAAUACAAUUUAAGUGGUAAUCCAUAACUAGGAAUAAACUUUUAACAUCGGAAAUCAAAUGAUAAAUACUCGUAUACUAUCAAUAAUUAUCUGUACCCAAGAUCAGGAAGUUUGUGCAGAAAUAGAAGAGGAAAUUGGUGUGAAAAUGUAUAUUUUAUUGUAGUCAAGAUGUAUUGAAUAAAUUCAAUUUUAGCGUUAUUAUGUACUAUGUGAAAAAAGCGUGCACACACACGGAAUUCUAAGCAUCCCCUCGAAAAUUUUAAAUAAGAAACUCCUCUGCUCAGCAAUACAAAGUUUUUUUUUAAAAUUUGGUGCAAUCAAAACUGAGAAAAUUAAUUUUUAAGAUGUAAAAUUUAGAUAAUGUCUCUAUCAGAAAACCUUACGUAUAAUGAAGAUAAUAAUGUCGCAUAUUAUUUAGAAUUCAUUUUUCAAUAUAUUCAAAAUAACCACCAUUCACUUCUUGACAAUAACCGACGCGAUUUUUUGAAUUGUCAUACAACAUUUUGGCCUCAGGGGUUAUAUAGUUAAUUGCUUCCGUUAUCCUAAUUUCUAAAUCAGGUAAAUCAGGUAAUAGAACAAGAGCUCAAAAGGAGGUUGUGAAAUUUUUAAUAAUAAAUACCCUGGUCAUCACGUUUCACAGUAUGUAGAAAAUAUUGAAAAACCAGAUAGAAACGUUCAAUUUACUGAUGGAAAAAGUUAGAUAUACUUCUAGAGAUUGAGGAGUAUCCGCAUAAGACAACUCGAGAACUUGUCACCGACAAUGAUGUGAGUAAAUCAUCUAUUUUGAGAGUUUUGCAUAAAGAAAAAUACCACCCUUACAAAGUUCAGUUGGUCCAAGAGUUAAAUGAAGUUGAUUCUGAUAGAAGGCAACAAUUCUGUGAAUUGAUGAUGGACAGAAUAAACGCAGGUUUGUAUUUUAUAAAAAAAUAGUUUUUCCUGAUGAAGCGAUGUAUAUAUUGGAGCAGAGAAAAACCUCACUGGAUGUGUGACGCAUUCACAUUCAAUAUUCUAAAAAAGUGAACAUUUGGUCUGGUAUUAUAACAAUAAUUCUUGGCUCUUAUUUUUGUGAACACACAGUUAAUGGUGAGGUUUAUCUAAUUUUUUUUAUUAACUACUUAAUGCCUACACUACAAAUACUUUUUCCUGAUGUUAAUCAUCCAAAUGAGAUAGAUCGAUCUAUUUACUACCAACAAGACGGAACUUCACCGCUUUUUGUCACGUCUAGCUAGAAUAACGAUAAAAUUGAAUUUAUUCCAUACAAAUCAAAACAGUAGUCGCUAGUUCGAUAUUUGUUCUCCACAUCUCACAGUAAUCCUUGUAUAAUAUUAACAAAAAUUUCUAUUCAAAAUAUAGUUAAAUAUUAAUGGAAACAACUUCAGUGCGGGGAAACUUCAAUUACAGCAAACUUGAGAAUUACGUGUGAAGAGUUCAUUUAAAAAAAAAUCUCGCUUUAGAUUAGCGCUCAUCACAAAAUACGUGACAGCAUAAAUUUUGGUUCUACGAUCAAAAAACUCUGGUAAAGAAUAAGAUAGCCAAGACACCGUAAACCUUUAUACCUUCUUUAAGUUUUAUACACUAUGCGUCGGUUUGGUUAGAUAGUCAUUUGAGGAAAUAAUCAAAGUUUAAAGAAUAAAAAGCAGGAAUUUGAUGACAUAUUUUAUUUCGUAAACGAUAAACCAAGAUAAAAAUCGCACUUAUGGAUAGAAUCAUGAGUUUUCAAUUGCUUGAAUAAAAUGUUUCAAUUAUGUACCUUGAGUUGCACUAUAAAAUUAAAGACAAAAUACCCUUAGUAGUGCAUAGUUUUUGCGAUUUUGACGGGUAGAAAUUCAUAAGUUGUAUGAUGAAAAUUAAAAUACUUCACGAAAUUGAUGGUAUGAACGAAAUUGAUGAAAUAAACAAAAUUGAAACUGUUCAUAACUCAUUAAGAGACAUGGGAGGAAGUACCUCAAAUGAUGUAGGUGCUAUGUACAUGGCUCAAAAAUAAUAACAAAUAGGACUUUGACGGAAGUACAGGUAUAAGUACGAGCUAUCGCAAGAAAAUAAUUUAUUUCACGCUUAAAAAGCAACGAUAGAUAUUGAAUAUGAGGGGAAUAAAAAGGCUUACAGCUAUUAAGACAAAACAAAAGGAAGUUGAGCAAUACAUAAAUGAAUGCUAAUUUCUUCCAUGAUAAUUCGAUUGUUCUUUUACGAUGAAUGAGGCAGUUAGUUCAAGGCAAGCAUUCAACUCAAAAAUUAUACGAACAAUGACGAUAGUAAGGGAAAUAAAUAACAAUCAUCUUGAUACACAUACUUAUAAAGAGAUAAAUGGACUUCCAAUGAAUUUACCCCAAAUAACGUUUUUUUAUUUUCUUUGAAUUAUAUCUUCCAUUAUUAACAUAAUCUAUUUCCUUAUAUUUACAUAUUCCUUACAAAUAACAAUCAAAUGAAUGAAUUAUGCUUGUUUUCUUCGAACUUUGCAUUUGAUAUAUCUCUCUGUCAAUCCAAAUGACCUUAAUAUAAGUAAUCAAACUGUAAUUUCUCAAUUACAACUUGUACUAUAGCGCUCAUUUUUUUGUUGCUGAUUAACAUUUGAUUUGUCGUUUAUUCCACUUUCAUUUCACUUACAGAAAUAUUAAAGGCUGAUAACUGUAAUGAUUAUAUACUCGUUAGAAAAAAGGUAAUUUUAAAUUGAACAAAGUUGUCUGCUCGAGCAGUAGAACGAAUGCAUCAAUAUAUUCACUGAAAAUGGCUUUUAUGGUUUUUGUUUGAAAACACUAUGCUAGUUAUACAUGUGAUUAGCCAUAUUACGUUCUUUUUCUGUUUCUUUGUUGAUCAUGAUUUUAUUUAACAUAGUAAACUUUUCCCGAAAUUACCGAUUUCACAAUUAUUCUCUACAUGUUGCGAUUCUGUACUUUUGCCCUCUAAUUCUGCUCUAUUCCUCUAAUAACCUUCAAAAUGACACCAUUUUUUCGAUGGUCUUCCCCUCCAUUUUGUACUCCAUUCCCCUUCUUCAAUGAGCUUUUUGACAAAUCUAUUUCCCAGAAACCUUUCAGUAAACUCCAACCAUCUUACUCUUUACGCUUUCAUGUAUCUUGUUAUGGGUAUUUAUACAAAUCCAUCACUUCUUUUUAUGACGUCAAAAAGUUUUCUAAGCACCUUCCCUUCUCAUAUAGCCAGUUUUGUUUCUUUAGCAUUUGUUAAAACCCAUGUCUCCUCCUUAUUCCCCCUCAUUUUUAUUUGACAGUGAUGCUCCCAGGAAUUUAAAUUAAUAUUUUUUAUCCUUUCCCGCUUUAAUCUCAAUGUAUUCAUUUCUACGAAUCACAUUUUGUCUUAACACUAUAUACUUUGUUUCCUCUUGGUUAAUCCAUAACUUUUUGCAGCCUCUUCUAGUCUAUAGAAUGCAAUUAUUUACUAUUUAUGGUGUAAAUUUUUUCCAACGCCAGAUUAAAAGCCACUGUCGAAAUUAAAUCUCCUUGUUUUAAUCACUUUUCAAUCCUUAGUUAGUCUGAUACAAUUCCAUAACCCGCUACUCUACUGUGUGAGUUAUCAGAUGUCAUUUUGACUAGCUUCACAAUUUUGAUGGGAUUGGUACAAUAGAACCAUAAAUUCCCAAUUGCUUAAUUUUCCAACUGAAAUACUGAAGAUCCUUUGUCAAAAUGAGUAUAGGUAUAUAAAAACGGGACGACAACUGCAUGUUUAAAGAUAAAAAAAUCAUCAAUCAAAGUAUCUACUUUCUUAAACAAUUCGUCAAAUUUUUCUUCAUUUUUUUGCCUGCAUCUAAAUUAUCAAAAUUUGUUUGUGAGUUUACUUUGCUGUUAGAAUCAAAUCUCUUUCCAUUAUUUUUCAUUUUUAUAUAGAAAAUAGCCACUAAAUCUGGAGAAUAGAGUGAAAGGGUCACCAACUGAUAACAUAUUUCAUAGACAUGUACUGUAAAAACUGCACAUGUGUAUACCUUUGCAUUAUCCUGGAACCUUACAUUUUAACUUAGAUAAUCCGAAUUAAUACAUUUGAUUCCUUAUUAAUAGUAUUUCAACAUUAUCACUUAUCAGUGUGAGUAUCUUCUUCAUCGUACGUGUGUUUGCAUCAAUAGUUUCCUAGCUGCAGCUGGGAUGAUGAAGACCAGCUUUAAUACCAUCUUGUAGGUGGUUCUCACUCUGAUCGUAUAUUGCGAGUUUACAUCUUCUCAGUUCUCUGGAUACUGUAAAAGAUCUGAUUUUCUUCAGGGAUAUUUGCAUGUUAAGAGCUUUCGCUAUUUGUUAAACCUAUACAGUAGCCCUAGUAAGUUAUCUUCGUCUUCUGAGAUUAUCACUGCAUCAUCAGCAUAACAUACUAUUUUUAUUUCUUUGUUUCCCAUCUGGUAUCCUUUUCCAGCUUACUUUACCUCAUUUAUAAUCUCAUCCAUUACGAUGUUGAACGAGAUCGCACUAAGGCCGUCUCCUUGUCCGAUACCGUCCGUUACAGGUAUUCUACUGCUCAGUUUAUUAUUACAAACGUGUAAUUAAGGUGUUCCGAUUCACAACUUCUUCAUAACUACACAACUUACCGAUACAAACAUUUAUUGCCAAUCUGGCGCUUUGUCUGUAUAACAUUUUCACUUUUAUGAUAAUUUAUACGCUUCCUAUUAUACCCGAUACAUUAAAAUCUUCUUCUCAUGAAGAUACCUGUUUUACCCAUUAGCUGAAGUUUGACGUCAGCUUUAUUCUGCCAACAAACUCCACUGUAAUUUGAGACAACUAGGAUUUUUUGUUAAUUUUAUCUUCAAUAACAAAUAUGUCUAAAUAUGUCAGGGCCACUAUAUCUCAUUAGUGAAGUAUUAAUGAAAAAUUUUACAUUUUUUGGUUGCAGUAAUAAACUUUUUACUGCUUAUAAUAAUACAUUCAAACUUUUUUAUUGAAUUAACAUAUCAAUAUUGAUAAAUUUCAUCGAAGGGAAUAUAUAAAUUAUUAUUUUUAGCAAUAUCUUUAGCGUCAUUAUUUGGAGAAUUGGUAUAUUUACAGUUUUCUAUCCAAUUUUAUUAUACUUUUUGUAGUUGUGUAUACUUAACUUGCUAACUAUUAAGCACUUACGCGAAAGAGUUGUAAAUUGAUUCAAUUAGACCAUAAAAGCUUAUUAUUGAUAGACCAUCAUUAUUCUCAAGUAAGUUUCUGCAGGGUACUCCACAAAAAAAUUAUCGUUAUAUUUAUAAUAUGGACUUCAAGUACUUGGAAGAUUAGUCUUUGAGAUAAAAUCUUGAUAAUUUUACUCUGCUUACGUGUUUCAACCAGGUGGUUACCGUUAUACGAACGAUUCUGUUUUGCGUUUCAACCGACUUAUGUAUCGUUUGUGAACCAUUUCCGGGACGGUCUUUUCGAUACUUGGUUGAUAGCAAAUACUCUUACAAGAACCGUGCAUUGCCGGAGAUUGCGCAGAAAAUAUCUAUAAACGCUUCCAAUAACCGAUCCAAGAACGAUCCCGACUAGCAGGUUGGAACAAAUCUUAUGUUAACGAACUUUUGUUCCAUUCAACAUAAAGCAACUGACAUGUUUCUGAAAUAAAUGUUGUAUACAAGUACUGAAAAGAACUUCUAAUGUAUUUUUCUUGAUAUAAAUGUCAAGGAUUGCAAAUAGUAAGUUACUAUCGAACUGCAUAUUAGAGGAUUUUGUAAUAUUGUAAAAUAUGUACAAAGAGUGUGAAUUAAGUUCCUAUGUUACCAUUUUUAUAUAUAAACAAAUAUACUGUAAGAGAUUUAAUCAAUCGUUUCUGUUAUUGGCACUUUCCACGAAAAUUUCCGUGGCUUUUAGAGAUACGAAAAUCUCCACUUUCCACAGAAAAAUCCGUGGCCAUCAUUUUAACCUUAGAGAUCCGGAAAUUUUUAUAGAAACGGAUCAGAAUGAAGCUUUUUUCCGUGUCUCUAAAUCUUACCAUAUGAUCCAAAAUCACCACCCUCCACGGAAAAAACUGUGGUCUAAUUUUAAUCUUAGAAACACGGAAAUUUUAAAUGAAUGACAGAAAUAUAUUGGGAUUAGAAAUCACAUAUGUCAGAUUUCAUCUGUGGGUGGUAUUUAUCCGUGGACAAUAUUCAUCCGUGAGUUAAAGCUUAUUAUUGUAACAUUCACUGCUGAAAUUAGAGACACGGAUAAAGCUUCAUUUGGCUCAUUUCUUUAAAAAUGUCCGUCUCUCUAUGGUUGAAAUUAGAGCCACGGAUUUUUCCGUGAAGGGUGCCAAUAGACACUUCGUUAAUCAAUAUCAAAUUAUAAAAGGUGUUCCAUACAUGUCGUAAUUUGGAAAAUAGAAAGUUUUUGUUUUCACGGAUUCUCGGCCGUUUCUCCAUGUUUUCCUAUGGGAACUUGUGACCUCUUUGAAAUCCCUGAUAUUUAUUGUCUCCAAUAUAUUACCUUUUUUCGGAUAGAAAUCUUUUUCAUCCAUUUUCAAUAAAUUGUUGUUAAACACUUCGUUCUUUUUUGACCUUUCAUGAAUUUAAUAUCUACUACUUAAUGAUUUGUUGAGAAGACUUUAAUAUCUUCUUUAAUCCACUUCUUUACCAAGCUCGGUUAGAAGACAACUCAGAAAACCUAUUUAACUGAAAAACAGCUUCAGUUUCAAGGCAACUUAGAAACAACAGGUCUGAACAAAUUAAAGUGGCACUUUAAUUUUAUUUUUUCAAAUUUAUUCCAUGAAUUACAUGUGUGGUACACCUUGUUUCAUAAUUUGUUAUAAAAUUAUAAAUGUUACAGCUAAUUAUAUUUAAAAAGGGAACUUCUUCAUAAACAAAAUUUGUGUUCCCUAUUUGGAAUUCACUAUCAGCUUUAUAUAAGUGUACACCUUGUACAUGUAGAACCAUGAAAUGAUUUAUAGUGUAUGAUAGUGAUUGCAUGAAAAUUUAAGUAUAGUAGAAUCAUUUUCGUUAACUUCAAUGAGACCAUUUUAUGUUAUCAAAAAGUAAUGCAAUAUAACAAUUUUAGGAAAAUACUGUAGAUCAGAAGUCCCAAACUUUUUUAUCGUAAACUACUUUCAAAAUACUUAGUUACAAAUUACUAGUUUUAGUUGCAACAUUACUCCAUAACUCGUUAAAAAAUUAAAUCUAACUAUGGAAAUUCAAGUACAGUCCUGUUGUAAAGCUUCCCGUGCACCUGAUCCACCAUGGAAAUCACUGAUGUAGACAAUACUCACCUAUAUUUUAAUUUUAUGAUUUUAGUAUUGACUGAUAAUGGACCUGUGUAGUUAUUCUGGUUCUAUUUGAUUCAAACUAUAAAUGACUCUUCCAGUUAGGAUGACUUAGAUACUCGAAAACAGGUUUAAUUAGGAUGAAAGAGAACUGCAAAUGUAUAUCUACUAUUUUUCAAAAGCAUUGUUUAUAUAAAAUAUAUUAUGUCAGAAAUUAACAACUACAUGAUCCCUAAUUUUUCUAUUAUAAAAAAUACAUCUUGUACUAUUUAUCCAUGAAUAAAAAAUAUGCUUACAGAAAAAUAGAAGUUAAAGACUUCAUUUAUCAAUUGACAUAUUUAUAGUUUUUGGUUAAACGAAUUUGUUGUCUCUGAAACUGUUCAGCUCAAUCCAAUUCUGACUGUAUUCGAAAGAAUCCUUUGAAAACAAAACUAUUAACCUUCGGUUCACGUUUCUGAAAUCACAGAGAAUAUAAAAAAAAAAUAAAAAUGUUUAAAAUGUCUGCUCUUCGAUUUUUUCUUCCAAUUCAGGGGACGCAGAUCUCCGUUGUGCGAUAAGGAGAUUCCAGAAAUAAUAUUUUAAGGAAAAAUGAAAUCUAAUGAUUACAAAAAAGUAUACCUAAGUUAUAAUUUAUUCAAUAUAAUGUAAUGAUAAUUGAAUGCAAUUGAAAAAAAAAAUAAAAUACCGAAUAACGCAAAUACAACUCCACUAUGAUUCUAAUUUCGAACCAAAAGCAGCUGUUAAGAAUUUAAAAGUAAAAGAUGGUGAUAUGAGUUUUGAUGUCCAAUGAGACCGACAAUGAUUAAUUAUUCAAUUGUAACUAGGCAACUCAAAAUGCUAUACACCGUAAAGUGUCUUGCAGAACUAUUAGUAAAAGUUUCUGAGUUAAAAUCAAUGUAAAUGACAAUGUUUACUAUUCCCUGGAAAAAAAAUAUAAAGGGUGGUAGGGUCCUGAUAUGUCACAUAUAUGUAAUACUCCUAUAUUAUGGACAAUUUCUAUAAGUUGUUCCGAUUAAGGAAGACAGAAUAGCAACGAUUUCGAUAUCCUCCGAAGUUCCAGCUCGGUUCUGCACAUUCUCAAGCAUGCGUAGUAUAGAUAAAGUGUGUUGAACGAGAAAAAAUGAAUAUUAUCGACACCGGGACGUUUUUUCCAUACCAACUGUCCAUAUAGUUGUAUUACAUAUAUGGUUAUUCGUAUAUAUUCGUCUCUAUCAAAAUAUUCAUAUGUCACUGUUUUUAUUUUCAAUUUUUUGGCAAAUAUUUUAGUUCCAUUCAAACGUUUUGUAUAUUUAUUAUAUAUAAGUCGCCCUAUAAUCCGAAGUAAAUCCAUCUAUUUAAAACUGAUAUUUGCUACUAGAGAAAACAUGAACGAGAUUUAUUUAAGUGCCGGUUUUUGGGUUUUCUAAAAUUGAUUAUGUGAAAUGUGAUAAGCAGUAGCGUAGAAACCCUUGUAAUAACUAAAGAAUCCAGGAAGAUUUUUUAAUGUUAGGUUAGGUGUUUAACAAGGAGAAGAAUCCAUAAUGCCAAUUUAAGAUCCAGUCGAGACAUUUACACUUGCACACGUGCAACAAGCUUGAGUAUUAGGCAUUACCAACAAUGGUAUUAUAAAAAAUAGAAAACCACGAUCUUACAGAUAAGUCUCGUUAUAGAUUGUUUUUAGAUAAUUGACUAAAACGAAUAUGGAUAAACCCAUCAACGCCUUGGCAUCAAAUGUCAAUUCAAGACAUUCAACCCAUUCGUAAAGUAACAAUUAUAUACAGUAUAUGUACAAUAAAUAGAAAACCAAGGUUUUCCAUAUUUGGAACCAGUUACAAGAAGCAGUGGAUGACCAUACGUCACCAGAAGCCAUUCAAGAGCUAAGAAAUCUUCUCCGCAACUUUGGGCAAACAAAAUUUAGUGGACAAAUUAGUUGAAAGUAUGUUAAUGUUGCUGUGAUAAGGGCAAAGGUGGGUCACACACAAUAGCUGUUGUUUAAAUAUUAUUUUUUAUUGAAUUCCUUGGUAUUGUUUUUUUCAUUAUUCUAUAUUAACACUUUGUUCAAUUUUUAUAAUAUAAUGAUAUAAGAAAAAAAAUUCAAUCAAUAUCUUUAGGAAUUUAGCAUUCAAAUUCUGUAGAGUUAUGUAUUUCUAGAAUUUCAGUUGAUUCAAUCAGUAUUUUUAAAUAUAAAAAAAAAUAUUAUUUCUUCCACUUCGACUUAUUUUCAUUAUCUACAAAUACAGUGGCUGCGGUUAGUAGUGCAAAAUACUUCUCGAAAACAAUAUAUUGAAACAUUGAAAAAUGAUGACUUAUGAUGCUUAAACAAUAAUGGUAUAAUAUUACGUUAUUUAUGAAACAAUCGGAUUCAUUGCAUCUUAAGCCAAAACAUAAAACUGAUAAUUUUAUUCAAAAUAAAUGAAAUAUUUCUUUCAAGUCUUAUUAUGAAAAUUAGUAACGAUCAAUAUCAAUCAAGCAUAUUCCACACAUUUAGAAAUGUAGGUACUCACUAAAUUUAGAAUAAGUACACAAGUAGUUUUAUUGAAUGGAUGGUGAAUGGAAUACACAGUUUCUAAUAAAUUAGUAAAACUAUUAAUAACAAUCUACUAACAAAAAUAAUGUACCUUGGUCAUAAUUUUAAUUCAAAUAUAGACUCAUAAAUAUCGUAUUUUUACGUUAAACUAAAACUUUUGCCUUGACUAUUUGCAGGAAUGUCUGUAACUCUCUUUAGAUAUUUGGUUUGCUGUAUUUUUAUUGAAUGACCUAAUUAGAGGAGUACAGAAUAAAGCGAGAUGUCAUUUUUCAUUUAGAACUCUGGAUCUCAAACAAUGAAAUCCUUGACAUUGUCUAUUAUAUUGGAGCGCUAAGCGGAGUAUCAAAUUUAUGUCAAAUUACAAAAACUUACAGUAUACUGUAUAAAUGUAUACUCAGCUAUAUUAAAAUUAAUGUAAUGUUCUCCUUAUUUAUUUAUACGAUUUCUAUUCAUGGGGUGAAUAAAUAAACACUGUCUCUUACGUUCUCAAUUUAUUUAAUACUAUACACACACUUAUCUAAGUUAUAAUAAUUCACUUAUCACUAACACUUAACAAACUUAAAUAACUUCUUUGAAUUCUUCGAUUACUUUCACCCCGACUAUUUAUUAUAAUCUAACUAAACUGUGUUACAUAAACUCCAUAUAUAUUCUAAAUAAAUUUUUAAAACUACCAGAAAAUAAAGAAACAAAAAAAAAUAAAUAAAUAACCCUCCUAGAAAUUAUUCAAAAGAAACAAGGUGAAUGAACCGACUGCUAAAAACUCAAUAUAAAACAAACAUCAAACGGAUUCCGGGUAUUUCCAACGUACAUCAAAGGGGCCGCGCUGCCGCUGUAUUUUAGAACUCCAUUACAUCUAGGCAGAACCGGAUCUAGGGCGGAGAAGCAUUCAUAACAUUAAGUUUAAAAGAUAAUAUACAGUUAAUUGUUGUUUUUAAACAUAUUCUCAAAAUAUUAUUUAACUACCGUCAUUAGUCUUUGCUCUCCAUCAGCUUCUUUGCUAACUCUAACGUUUCAUGACUUAUAUCUAAACCUAAAAGUCU